AUGUCGUGGGUCCGUUAUACAAAAACGGGUGUGGCUGUUGUGGCAACAUCGGCCGCCGCCGCUUUGGCACUUGAUAUGACGAACGAACGAAGAUUUCAGAGACAAGUUGUGGGUUUUUAUUAUUAGAAAAUAUGUGGUUAUGACGUGGCAACAUUGCUAUCAAAUGAUGUAGCGGAUUAUUUUUUUGAAAAAUUUUCUAAAAAUAUUGUUUUAUCAUUAUUGUUAUAAUCAAAAGUUCAAACUACACAUGAAAACGGGUCGAGAUUAUAGUUGGACAUCAACUAAAUUGACUAAAUGACAUUUUCAGGUUUUUUAAGCAAGUGAGUUGAAAUAUUGCGUUCUAAUUUUAUUCACAUGGUCUAAGACGAACAUAAUGAUAUAAAUUUUGAUGAAUUUACGUUAUCCAUAAGUGAUUUAGCGACUUUUAGUCGAUAUUUAGUCGAAACGUCGCUAAAUCACUUAUAGAUCAGGCCUGAUCGGAAUGGACCUUGUCGGAAGGUUAGGAAUGAGCACACUCGUUCCGAGUGGUCAGAUCGUAAUUCCGAAUUCCGAACCUCCAUUCCGACAUUUUUACCUCGGAAUUUUUCGGAAUGUUUCGGAAUGAUAUAAAACUUAAAAAUAGUGUCUUCAAAAGUUACAUUUUUCGAGAAUCACAAGAGAAAAAGAGAUUUUUUGAAAAUGAUAGGUAAAAUUCAUCAACUCUUCCAUUUUUUUGUUGAAUUUUCCACUAAUUUCAGCUCAAACAUUCCGAAAAAUUCCGAAAUUCGGAAGAAAAAUUCUGAAAUUCGGAAGAGAAACACAUUCCGAAAUUCCAAAAAGGUUCGGAAGUAACAUCGGAAUGAUUCCGAUUUCGAGAAAAUAGAUUCCGAUUCCGAGACACGUUUGUCUCAUUCCGAAAAACCUGUCGGUUUCGGAAUUUCGGAAUUCCGACAUUCCGAUUCCGAUCAGGCCUGUUAUAGAUAACGUAAAGUCAUCAAAAUUUAUAUCAUUCUGUUCGUCUUAAACCAUUCUAUCAUAUGAAUAAAAUUAGAAACCAGUAUUUCAACUAACUUGCUUAAAAAACUUAAAAAUGUCAUUUAGUCGAUGUCCAACUAUAGUCGAGUUGAAAUGAUGUUUCUAAAAAUCCGCCAUUUUUGCUAAAAAUGUGAAAUUUAAAAAGCUGAAAUCAAAAUUUUCUGAAAAUUACAUAAAUGGGCUUCUAUUGAAAUUUAAAAUCUGGUUUUUCGCAAAAAAAAACCAACUUUUUCCAGAAAGAUCAUUUCCGAACUGUGCACGCUGAUAGAUUGGCUGAAUUGAACAAAAGAGCUCCAAGUGCACUUCCAACAAGAAAGGAUAUUUUGGCAUCAUUGAGUGUGAGUUAACCGAAUUCCCUUCUAUUUGUUUCAUCACGAAAACUUUUCCAGAAAGGCGAAGAAUUCGACGUAUUGAUUAUUGGCGGUGGUGCAACUGGUGCUGGUGUCGCGCUCGACGCAACAACUCGUGGAUUAAAAACCGCGCUCGUUGAACUCGAUGAUUUCUCAUCCGGAACAUCUUCCCGAUCAACAAAACUCAUUCAUGGCGGAGUUCGAUAUCUUCAGGCGGCUAUUAUGAAACUCGAUUUGGAACAAUAUCGAAUGGUGAAAGAGGCGUUGUUCGAGCGAGCCAAUCUUCUCGAAAUCGCUCCACAUUUAUCUGCACCACUUCCAAUUAUGUUACCAGUUUAUAAAUAUUGGCAAAUUCCGUAUUAUUGGAGUGGAAUUAAGGCGUAUGAUAUUGUUUCGGGAAAAAGAGUGCUCAAAAAUUCGUUCUUUAUUAGCAAAGCUCAAGCAUUAGAGAGGUAUUUAAUAGAAUUAUUUUUUUAUUUUUUAUAGAAAAUUCAAAAAAUUGUAGAUUCCCAAUGCUCCGCAAUGAAUCACUUAAAGGUGCAUUGAUUUAUUAUGAUGGACAACACAAUGACGCAAGAAUGAAUUUAGCUAUUAUUCUAUCGGCAAUUAGACAUGGAGCUGCUGUAAGUUGGAGUUUUGUUGGGAGAAAAUGAAUUUUUUUUGAGAUUUAAAAACGAUGUAGAAAACUGUUUUAAUGUGAAAUCCCCAGAAUUUCUAAUGGAUCAAUUCAUCUGGAGAAAAAAUGAAUUUCGCGACAUUUUUUGUCGCGAAAUUGCAUUUCGCGAAACGACACGAAAUUAAUAAAAUAAAAGAGGAAAUUCUUUUUUCGUGUGUUGGGUCUCGCAGCGAUUACGUGUCCCUUUAAUAUUUCUCCUUUAUUUUCGUGUUUAUUUUGUGUCGUUUCACGAAUUGCAAUUUCGCGACAAAAAAUGUCGCGAAAUUCAUUUUUUCUUCAGAUGAAUUGAUCCAUAAAUAUUUGUGAAAGAUCUCUAGAUUUUGAGCUGAAAAAUCGUUCAGAUUAAUGUCUCCGACAUCUAGUUCUAAUAUAUAAAAACUAUAAUUUUAAACGAAAGGUCCCAGAAAUCUGAAUUUUUUGACGCAAAAUACAAUUUUUUUGUGAUUUUUCAACUUUAAGAUCAUGAAAAUCGCGAAAAAAUCUCAAAUUUUCAACAAUUGAUUUUUGAUAAAAAUUUUGUUUUAAUCCUAAAGUUUUUGAAAAUUUAUUUAGCGCCCUGAGAAAUUAGCAUUCAGAAUUUUGAGUAAAAAAAGUGCUCCUCUCCUCUAUCAAAGUUAAAAUUUUAAAAAAAAUAUAAUUUUAUACGAAAGGUCCCAGAAUUCUGAUUUUUUUGACUCAAAAUACAAUUUUUUUUUGUGAUUUUUCAUCAUAAAAACCGCGAUUUUUAACUCAAAAUUCGAAAAAAUCCCAGAUUUUCAACCUAGAAUUAAUUCAGGGUGAAAAAUGGAGAAAUUUUUUUUUUUAAAUGCUAUAGUUUUUGAAAAUGUAUAUAGCGCCCUAUGAAAUUGGCUUCCAGAAAUUCAGACAUUUUUUUUCUAGUGUGCCAACCACGUCCGCGUUGAUAAACUUCUGAAAGACGCCGAUGGAAAAGUGAUUGGUGCUCAUGUCCGCGAUCAAAUUUCUGGAGCUGAAUGGGAUAUCAAAGCAAAAGCUGUUAUCAAUGCAACCGGUCCAUUCACCGAUUCAAUUCGUCUUAUGGGAGAUCCCGAUUCAGCCAAACCAAUCUGUGCUCCAAGUUCAGGAGUUCAUAUCACACUUCCCGGAUAUUACAGUCCUUCGAAUACCGGUCUUCUCGAUCCAAACACAUCAGAUGGUCGUGUCAUUUUCUUCCUUCCUUGGGAAAGAAUGACGAUUGCUGGAACAACUGAUUCACCAUCAGAUGUCACACUUUCGCCUCAACCAACCGAUCAUGAUAUCGAAUUCAUCCUCCAAGAAAUUCGUGGUUAUUUAUCGAAAGAUGUUUCGGUUCGUCGAGGAGAUGUCAUGUCAGCUUGGUCUGGUCUUCGUCCACUUGUUCGUGAUCCAAAUAAGAAUGAUACCAAAUCGCUUGCCAGAAAUCAUAUCAUCGAAGUCGGAAAAUCUGGUUUAAUCACAAUUGCCGGUGGAAAAUGGACAACCUAUAGACAUAUGGCCGAAGAAACUGUUGACAAAACAGUUGAGAUGCAUAAUUUGACACCGGAAAGUAAAUGUGUUACACCUGGAUUAUUAUUAGAAGGUGCACAUGAUUGGAAUCCGUUGCAAUAUAUUCAUUUGGUACAAGAUUAUGGAAUGGAAGUUGAUGUUGCUCAACAUUUGAGUCAAACAUAUGGAGAUCGUGCAUUUGUUGUUGCUCGAAUGUGUAAAAUGACUGGAAAACGUUGGCCGAUUGUUGGCAAACGUCUUCAUCCCGAAUUCCCAUAUCUCGACGCCGAAGUUCGUUACGCAGUUCGUGAAUACGCUUGUACUGCAGUCGAUGUGAUUGCGAGACGUAUGCGCUUGGCGUUUUUGAACACGUAUGCUGCUCAUGAAGUCUUGCCCGAUGUUGUUAGUAUCAUGGCGGAGGAGUUGGGAUGGUCGAGUGCUGAGCAAAGAGCACAACUCGAGAAAGCUCGGCAAUUUAUUGAUUUGGAAAUGGGACAAAAUGCGAAACAGACUGCGGUGUCGAAUGCGCCAUUGAAUUUGACAAGGUUUGUGGGGGAUUGCUCAUACUAAACAACUUUUUUUUGGAAAAAAACAGGGAUUUCUCAUAUGAAAAAAUUAAGGUUUCCAUGAAUUUUUAGCAAAUUUUUCUCGAAAAAGCCCUUGAAUUUUUCUCAAUUCUGACCCGAUUCAAAAAUUUCCGGAAAAAAACGGAAAAAAGUUUAUUUUUGAAUUUUUUUAUAAACAUUUUAAAAUAUUGAAAUAGCUUGAAAAAAUACGUUUCAAAGAAUUUAGAUGUUUUUUCGAACUGUUUUAAUUUUGAUACUGAUUUUUUCAAAAAAAAAUUCAAAAAAUCUUUUUUUUAGAAAAAACCAGGGAUUUCUCAUAUGAAAAAAUAAAGGGUUCCAUGAAUUUUUAGCCAGUUCUUCUCGAAAAAUCCGUUGAAAAUUAGUUUUUCCACCUAUUUUUUGGGAUUUUCACAAAAAUUAUCCACGGAAUUUUCGGUGUCUAUUUCGAAAAACUUUCAAAAAGUGGUUUUUUGGGUCUGAUUCAGACUUUUUCUCGAAUCUGACCCGAUUCAAAAAUUACCGGAAAAUGGGUUUGUUUUUGAAUUUUUCAUAAAAAUUUUAAAAUAUUGAAAUAGCUUGAAAAAAUACGUUUCAAAGAAUUUAGAUGUUUUUUCGAACUGUUUUAGUUUUAAUUUACAAAUUAUUGUCAAUCCGAAAAUAAAAGAACCCCCGUUUGAAUUGGCGCUCACGUACAGUAGACUAAAAAUGACGCACAUCAAACUGGUUGGCAAAUAGCCAGCGUGUAAAUUUCGCAUUUUAUUUUUCAAAUAGACUUCAAAAUUUUGCAAACUGCUUCAAUUUUAAUACACAAACUUUCAACAAAUUCAAAAAACCUUUUUUCAGAGCCGAAAUGCAAUUGGCCAAAGAACGUUUCACCAAAUUGGACAAGGACAACAAAGGACAUAUUACAGUCAACGAUUUGCGAAGACAUUUCAGAGAACAUAACCAAAAAAUUGAUGAACGUGUUUUGCACGAACUUUUGAAUGAGGUUGAUUUGAACAAGAAUGGAGAAAUUGAAAUUGCUGAAUUCUUCCAGGUAUGAUUUUAAUUGAAAAGAAAAACCGAAUUUUAUAUAUGAAAAAUUCAAAAUUUUGAAAUUUCAGCUGUAUUCUGGAUUGAAAGGUGGACAAGUGACAAGUAAUCGAUUGGUUGGAUAUUUGGAUGAGAUUCAUGGAACACCAAGUGUCAAUCGAGCUUGCGGAGGUCUAUAAGUUUUUUACCAAAAUUUUUUUUUGCAACUUUGUAUAAUUUCUCGCAUUUUGCCCCAACUAAACUAACUUUUUUCUUAUUAUUCAGACGAGAAACCGUCGUGUAAGAAGUAUUUAGAUGAGAGACCGGUUUGA